UGGAAUCCCUUAAACUCAAUGUAAAUAAUAUAGUAUAGCAGAAGCACAGCCUUUUCUUGUUGGGGUGAAAAUCAGCUUAUGUGGAACGCAUCUGCGAGCUGACUUCGUAUACCCCCCUUCACAUGACUGUCACUUUGUUGUCUAGCAACCGAAUUACCAUAAUUUACUCGGUGUACGGGUUUUUUUUUUUUUUGUGUUCUAUAUAUGGAUCUAACCAACAAGCUUUCUGUGGAUACACUUCUCUGCAACAGAUUAGGUUAUUCUGCCAUUGUGACCUGUCUUUGUUUCUUUCUUUCGAAAAUAUGCCAAUCCUUUGGAAAAGGACAAUGCUAGCCCUUCUUAUCCUGUCCAUAACUCCUAGGAAAUCAGAUGGGGAAUUAGAGCAAUGGUGCAUAGCAGAUGAGCAGACCCCAGAUGAUGAGUUGCAGAGAGCACUGGACUGGGCUUGUGGAAAAGGUGGUGCGGACUGCAGUAAGAUUCAAGUGAACCAGCCUUGCUAUUUGCCAAAUACUGUGAGAGACCAUGCUUCCUAUGCCUUCAACAACUACUUCCAGAAGUUCAAGCACAAAGGUGGAUCUUGCUACUUCAAAGGAGCUGCUAUCAUUACAGAACUUGACCCCAGUCAUGGCUCUUGCCAGUACGAGUUCCAUCCCUGAUUCAAAUCCAUGAGAACCAUUAACAAAGAUGAUCAGCUUUUCACCAGGGAUAAAGAGUUUUCAGUUUCAGACAUUUUGUUCCUUUAAUUUUUAGCAGCAUUGAGCUUUUCUCAUUGCAAAUUAAAUCAGGUUUUCACAUGAGAUGAGCUUAGACACAUACUUUGCCAAGGUCCCUUCCUAGUUUUCGUUCUACUUCAUAUUUUCUUCAACAGAUUUGCUUCCACUGAUGUCCAUUUCUGGAA